AUGGGUGCCACAACAAUUGACGCCGCUGCUGCCGCCGCUUCUCCGUCCCGGGUUUCUCCGUCCACUCCUGCUUCUGCCGGCUGCGUUCGAUCUUGCGCGUCUGACGUGGAUGCAGACGAGUGUGGCGCUGAGGUGACAGCUGACGUGUCAGCGAGGGAGAGCGAGCCGGCUGCGACAGCUGCGGCUGUUCUCGAUUUCCCAGCAGCACCUGAAUCAACGGCUGGAGCAACAGCAGCAGCAGCCGAGGAGAAUCACGCCGUUGAUCGCCGAACUAGCUCGAAUCUUGGCGUCCGCGGCGCCCCCGGCAGCGGCGGGGGUGGCGCUGGCGGAGGCGCGGUGCGCGGGAUCGGCAAGCUCGGGCGGCGCUUCCGCGGGAUCCGUCAGCGCCUGUGGGGGCGGUGGGCGGCGGAGGUGCGCGACCCGUUUGCGCGGCGCCGGCUGUGGCUGGGGAGCUUUGACUCUGCGGAGGAGGCGGCGCGCGCGUACGGCGUCGCGACGCGGCGAUUAAGAGGCCCCUGGGCUAAGACUAACUUCCCGCUGGACCCGCGCGACCCUGAGGAUAAGGAGCAGCUGGCGCGCAUGGCGGUGGCGGUGGCGCCGUGCGCCAAGGGGCGGUACCGCACGAAGCUGGCGGCGUGGCGGAAGCUGUGCGGGCCGGAGGAGGUCGCGGGGGUGGUGGUAACGGGCGGAGACGCGGAGGCCCCCGCGGAGGUGGGGGGAGACGCGGAGGGGGAGUUGGAGGGGGGAGCGGAAGAAGGGGGAGAGGCGGGGGAAGAAAAGGUGGAGGAGGUUGGUGUCGCGGUGGUGGCGGAAGGGGGAGAGGCGGAAGUGGAGGGGAGAGGGAGUGAGGGGGAGAACGAGAAUGAGCAGCAGGAGGAGGAGGAGCAGGACGAGUUUGAGUUUGAGAAUUCUCAAAAGCACCCUCAAGAUGUUGUUGGUGGCGGUGAUGGUGCCACAAGUGGCACCAGCAGUAGCAGCACCACCAGUACACCUGAAAUGGCUGACGUGGAUGUCUUGGAAGCAACGCCUGAGGUUGAGGCUCCUGCCAGCUCAGCUCCUGCCAGCUCAGAUUUGGAGUCUGAUGCUACACGGUCAGCUGAUGGCAAGGGUUCGGCUGUGAAUAACGGACACGCCAUUGACGUGGAUCCGGUUGCGAUAAGCGCGGCUUUGGCCAAUAAAGAGCCUCCAUCUGUCCCUGCCCAAGAAUCUGCAGACUCUCCUGUACCUGCAGGUGUACCUUCACCGGUUGCAGCCUCAGCAUCCGCGGUUACGUCACCACCUCUAGCUGCUCGCGCCGUGACCUCACCAUCAGCGCAGAAAUCAGUGUCGCCACCACCAGUGGCAGUGCCAGCAGCAGCAGCACCACCACCACCAGCAGUAGCAGCAGCAGCAGCAGCAGCAGCAGCAGCAGCAGCAGCAGCAGUAGCAGCAGCAGCAGCUACUCUGGCGUCAGCUUCUGUCCCUGUUGACGAGUCCUCCCCAGCUCCAAUCUCUGACCAUGAUCCUGCAUUUGCUUCCGCCGCUCCCUCCACCCCUGCCGCUGCUCCAGUUUCUUCAAUACAAUCACAUCUCAGCACAUCAACCUCUGUGCAGUCGCAGCUCUUUAGAGGCGUGCGUCAGCGUCCUUCAGGCAAGUGGGCGGCGGAGGCUCGGGACCCGACCACGAAGCGCCGGCUGUGGCUCGGGAGCUUUGACACGGCUGAAGAGGCGGCCCGAGCUUAUGAUGCUGCUGCACGGAAGAUGAGAGGUGAUGGUGCCAGGUGCAAUUUCCCUACGAAGCAAUAA